AUGCUUGUUGGUGUCAGUGUCGUGGGGGUUCUCAGCUUCUCCCCCAGCUCUGCCCAGGCUGGCUCCCAGCUCGUCCGAGUGACCCUCCAGGGCCAGCAGGACCCGCUGAGGAAUCAGACAGCCGUGGUGGACAAGGCCAGGAGCACCAUCACCUACUACAUCACCUCACAGAGCAACCUGAGCGCCGUGGUGCUGUACGACAGCAGGAACGGCUACGUGUGCUACAAGCCACUGGAGCAGCGAGCCUGCUACCUGAGGAGGAUGGACCCCUGGGACCUGCAGACCCUGCAGAUGGCUCUCAACACCUCUGAGCACAGCGCUGAGCAGCUGCUACACCCCAACAACCAGACCAAGUUCUACCAGGAGUUCCUGGGCAUUGUGGCAGGGGAGCAGCUGGAGCCCAGGGGCCUGGGGGAGGCUGUGCAGACCCUGUGUGAGCACACCUCCAUCUUCUGGGUGCGCCGAGGGCACGGGCCGGGCAGGCAGCGCCUCAUCUACCUGUGCAUUGACAUCUGCUUCCCCAGCAACAUCUGUGUCUCCAUCUGCUUCUAUUACCUGCCCGAGUAAGUGCUGCAGCCACGGCCGCCCUCUCUGCCCUCACACUUGAACUGGAUUCCUGAAAAGCCUCUGACUUCCAUGAGGAAGGGAACACCUGCAACAUCCCCAGAGCUUCCUGCUGAUUCCAUGCUGCGGUUCAGGAGAGUUUAGAGAAACAGGAUCAGGAGAGUUUAGAGAAACAGGAGGCCUCUGCUCAGCACUGUCAGCACAGACACCGCAGCUCUGCUCCAGGGCUGUGCCUCAUCCGUAGGAAUUAGGAGACCCAGGCCCAGAGGAAUCCCAGGAAGCAGCUGGAGUUUUGGGGCUCCAGGCUCUGUUCAACACAAGGUGGUUGUUGUUACAUCUGGGGGGUGGUUGGCUUUAGGAGAGCAGCUCUCCAAGUCACUGUG